UCUCCCAUGUAAUAUUCCUGUUCAUGUCGAUAUCCCCAUGUGUGUCUCUCCAUAAAUUCUCUCGAUCCCAUCCUCACAGUAGUCACAUCGAUCAUAUAUAGGUGAGAUAGCCAGCUCGCUCCUGUUGUUAGUUAUCAAAGAAGCAGCUCACAACUCCUCCCAUCGAUCGUUCUUACCACUAUCAAAAUCCCAACGCUACAAAUGGCACACCAGGUAUAACAACAAAGGGCGCACAGCCUGGAUUUCUUUCCCUAGAAAUUAACCACAAACCUUCACCAUCAUGAAACCCUCAACAUCUUCUUCUUCCUCCUCCUCGGUUCUAAAUUCUUUCCUCGUUUUGCUAGCCUUCAUUCCCUUUUCUUCCUCAUACUUGCUGCCUCCGUCGAUCAUUGGAUCGACUGUCGAGCACCAGAACCAUACAGCAAUAUCGAGUUUUCGAGUGGUAAAUAGAAGAAACUUAAUUCAGUGUCCCAACCCCAACCCUUUCCUCCAAAUCAAUGUUAGCUCAAAAAACAGCCCUUUAUCAGACGAUGAGUAUGUCAAUGUUACCGUCAGUGGAGUUUUUCAUCCUUCGGACGGUGACUGGGUCGCCAUGAUAUCACCUUCUGAUUCCAAUGUCAAAAGUUGUCCUUUGAACAAAAUUAAAUACGUGCAGACUGGUGAUACUAGUAAACUCCCUCUACUUUGUCAUUAUCCUGUGAAGGCACAAUACGUGAGCAAUGAUCCAAGCUAUCUGAAGUGCAACAAGCAGGAAUGCAAGAAAUACAACAAUACUGUUUGUGAAGUGGCAACUUGUAGUGGUACAAUAUCAUUCCAUGUCAUCAACAUCAGGACUGAUAUCGAAUUCGUGUUCUUUGCUGGAGGUUUUGAAACACCUUGCAUUCUAACAAGGUCUGCCCCCAUGAAGUUUUCCAAUCCAAACCAGCCAUUACAUGGACACGUUUCAAGCACAGAUUCCACAGCAACAUCGAUGAGAUUAACAUGGGUCAGUGGGAGUAAAGAACCUCAAGAAGUCCAGUAUGGAGAUGGAAAAACACUGACAUCAACAAUCACAACAUUUUCACAAGAUGAUAUGUGCACUUCGGUUCUUCCGAGUCCUGCCAAGGACUUUGGGUGGCAUGACCCUGGAUUCAUUCAUUCAGCAGUCAUGACAGGACUAAGACCUUCAACCGCAUACUCCUACAGAUAUGGAAGUGAUUCAAUUGGCUGGAGUGAUAAAAUCCAGUUUCGAACUCCACCUGCUGGCGGUUCUGCCGAACUAAGAUUUCUUGCAUUUGGUGAUAUGGGGAAGGCUCCUCUUGAUCCUUCUGCCGAACACUACAUUCAGCCAGGAUCUCUCUCGGUGAUUAAAGCCAUGACAGACGAGGCAGAAUCCGGAAAUGUAGACUCCAUUUUCCACAUUGGAGAUAUAAGUUAUGCAACAGGAUUUUUAGUUGAAUGGGAUUUUUUUCUUCACCUUAUAAGUCCUCUGGCUUCUCAAGUGUCUUACAUGACCGCAAUCGGAAACCACGAGAGAGAUUACAUAAAUUCUGGAUCUGUGUACAUAACUCCGGAUUCGGGCGGAGAAUGUGGAGUUGCUUAUGAGACCUAUUUUCCAAUGCCAACCUCAGCAAAGGAUAAACCAUGGUACUCUAUAGAACAAGGACCUGUUCACUUUACAGUCAUUUCAACCGAGCAUGACUGGACUGAAAAUUCUGAGCAGUAUAAAUGGAUGGAUCAGGACAUGUCUUUGGUUGAUCGAUCGAAAACUCCUUGGCUAAUUUUUGCUGGACACAGACCGAUGUAUUCCUCAACUGAUGGAUUUAGCACCGACGACAAAUUUACAAAGGCUGUAGAACCAUUGCUGGUGCAGUAUAAGGUUGAUAUGGUUCUCUUCGGCCAUGUUCACAAUUACGAGAGAACAUGUUCUGUUUAUGAAAGCAAUUGCCUGGCCAUGCCUUCUAAAGAUCGAAAUGGUAUCGACACAUACGACCACAGCAAUUUCAGUGCCCCAAUGCAAGCAGUUAUUGGUAUGGCUGGCUUCAGUCUGGACAAUUUCUCACAACCCGGAAGCUGGAGUUUGGAAAGGAUUUCUGAAUUCGGGUAUCUAAGAGGGCAUGCAACAAUGGAGGACAUAAACUUAGAGUUCGUGAAUUCAAAUACUAGACAAGUUCAAGACAGCUUCCGCAUCACCAAAGGACAAAAAUAGAUAUAUAGAUGUAAAUCUGUAUAUCCACACUCAUGUUUGUAUACUUAAAUCUCUUCUUUAUAAUAAAAGUUUUUCUUCUCCAA